CGCCCUCUUCAUUCUCUGCCAUUUGCUACCAAAAAGUUCGAUUUACAGCGCUGAAACCUACUACGUCAACCAGGCACGCGCCUACAAGUCCGCGCACGCGCUGAGAAGAGUUCAAGAAGUGAACAGAAUAAGGAAGAUUACACAAGAUGGCGGAUAUCAGAGCACAUCCAGAGCAAGACGAGGAGCAUGAGGGCGCCUCCCCAGGAGAACUCCUCAUCGAAGCCGCCCGCCGAAACAACACAGACCUGCUAAAAGAAGUCCUCUCAUCCUGCAAAAGCGAAGACGAAGCCGCCAAGCUCCUGAACGAGACCAAGUCCGUGCUGGGGAAUUAUGUCUACCAUGAAGCUGCAUUACGCGGGAACUACGAAAUAAUCGACACCCUCCUCGACCAACCCGGCUUCGAAUGCGACCCCAUCUCGCGCAUCGAAGGCGACACGCCCCUGCACUCCGCAAUCCGCUACAUCAACAGCCACUUCUCCACCUCGCCCACGAACGCCGAGCUCUCGACCUUCGCCUCGGAGCUAAUCAGCAUGAUGAUCGAAGCAGGAUCGGACCCGAAGUUAAAAAACAAGGCGAACCUAACACCGUACCAGCUCGUGGAUCCGCGGAACGAGACGCUGAGACAGCAGAUUCAGGACGCGGUCGAUGUCGAGAUGAUGAGAGGGGAUUAUAUUGAGGAGCGGGAAGAAGGGGAUGGUAGGGGGGAUGGUGGGGGGGAUGGUGGGGAGGAUGGAGAGGAGGAUGGCGAUGUGGGGAGUGGGAGUGAUAGUGAUUUUGAUCCCGAGGAGUAUAGACGGGAGAAGGAGCGGAGGGAUAGAGAGAGGAGGGCGGCGGCGGGGGCUAAUGGUGGUGCUUGAUAGAAGACAACUAGAAAGAAGUAAGCGAGAGAGAGAGAGAGAGAGAGAGAGUUGGAUGGAGGAUUUGAUAGCAUAGCGCGGUCGGUCGGUGGUUUCUGCCAUUUCCUUUCCUUGCAACGACAGAAAGCAGUCCAGCAAUCGAGCCCGAGAUGCAGGGGUGGGUAAGAUAGAGAUAGGCGUAUGAAAAGGGGUUCCUUGCUUGAUUUUACAUAGGUACUUGGAAGGAAAGGAUAGAUAGCAUUGCAGCACGAAUCGAAGAUCUAAGCCUUGAUGCACACAC